GUGAAGCGACAUUCACCGGAAAUGGUUCGUUGUAAAAUAUGCAAAAAAGAUUGUGGAUGUAAAACUAGUUUAAGAGUUCAUAUACUGGGACACACAACGUGUAACGUAUGUGGCAAAACAUGUAAAAGUGUACAAGCUUGUAAUCUUCACAUAAAAAGAACUCACGAUAAACGUUAUUUAUGUACAUAUUGUGGAAAAGCGUUUGCCAUUAGUACGAAUUACAUUAUUCAUGUACGAACUCAUACAGGAGAGAGACCAUAUCACUGUACUCAAUGUGAUGCAAGAUUUAAAUGCAUUUCUGGAUUACAAAGGCAUUACACAGCACAUUCAAACGAAAGAAAAUUUGAAUGUGAUGUUUGUAAAAAUAAAUUUAAAAGUAAAGAUCAAUUAGAAUAUCACAGACGUAUUCAACAUCUAGAUAGCAAAAAACAUUCUUGUGAUAUUUGUAAUAAAGAAUUUAAAAGAAAAGAUUAUUUACGUGAACAUGAAAAAAUUCAUACAGGAGAAUUAAAUCACGUUUGUCAGUACUGUAAUAAAGCAUUUAUUAAAAGUUAUAAACUAAGAAUGCAUCUACGAACGCAUACAGGAGAAAAACCGUUUACUUGUACUAAAUGUGGAAAAAAGUUUAAUCAAAAAUUUAUACUUAACAGUCAUAUGAAAACUCAUUCAGAAGUGCUUGAAUAA